UCCUCCCGCCGCGCCACCAUGUCGUAGGGGAGUUAUGGAGACAAAAGGAUACCACAGCUACCCAGAAGGCUUAGAUAUGGAGAGACGGUGGGGUCAAGUUUCUCAGUCUGUGGAGUAUUCUUCUGUAGGUGCUGGAGAGCAGACUGAUGCCAGUAACUAUAUGGAGAUUGUAAACGUAAGCUGUGCUGCCGGUGCUUUUGCCAACAGCAGUGCUCAAGGAAACAACAAAGAAAAACCUGAGCUACUCUCCUGCCUGCAGCAAGACAGCAGCCAGCCUGGUCUUUUGCCCUCUGACAUCAAAACCGAAACGGAGUCAAAGGAGCUGUCAGCGACGGUGGCCGAAUCCAUGGGUUUAUAUAUGGAUUCGAUACGAGACGCCGAUUAUCCCUACGAUCAGCAGAACCAGGGGAGCCCGGGAAAGAUCUACCAGAAUGUGGAGCAGCUGGUGAAGCUCUACAAGGAGAACGGCCAUUGCUCUUCUCCCCUCCACAGCGCCAGCAGGCCCUUGAGGUCUUUGAUGUCGGACUCUGGGAGCGCUGUGAACGGUGGUGCCAUGCACGCUAUUGUCAAAAGCCCUAUCGUGUGUCAAGAGAAAAGCCCUUCGGGCUGCAGCCCUCAGAACAUGGCUUCCUCGGUGUGUAGUCCUGCUGGAGUUAACUCUGUGUCCUCAACUACUGCUAACUUCGGGAACUUUGCUGUGCACAGCCCCAUCGGCCAGGGAACCCCUUUGUCGCGCUCACCGAACGUUGAGAACCGGGGCUCUAUGUUGCACAGUCCUGCGCACGUUAGCAACGUCGGGUCUCCGCUUUCUAGCCCUAUAAGUAGCAUGAAAUCACCGAUUUCUAGUCCUCCCAGUCAUUGCAGCGUGAAAUCUCCCGUCUCGAGUCCCAGUAAUAUCACUAUGCGAUCUUCUGUGUCCAGUCCCGCGAACUUGAACUCGAGGAGCUCCAUCGCCAGCCCUUCCAAUGCCAACAAUAGGUCCACUCGUUCUAGUCCAGCGGUUAGCACUGUGGGAUCGUCCAUCUGUAGCCCCGUAAACAACUCCCUAGGAUUCCUGGCUUCUGGCACGCCGGCGGGACCUAGCAGAAGCCAAGAUACCGUUCCCAGUCCGGAAACAAAAGACAAGGGUGCUCAAGAACUCACGUUUCCUAAGAUGGAGGAAAUGGAGAAUGCCAUCUCCAACAACAGUCAGAUGAGCCUUGUUCAGUUCAUAAAACCCGAGCCAGACGGUUCGUUUGGCAGCGCGUGCAUUGGCGACAGCGGCAAAAUAAACUCUGAUUCCCCCUUUCCAGUACCAGUGAAGCAAGAGUCGGCCAAGCAUCCUUGUUCUGGUGCCUCUUUCAAAGGGAAUCAAACAGUAAAUCCUUUCCCAUUUACAGAUGGCUCGUAUUUUUCUUUUAUGGAUGACAAAGACUAUUACUCUCUUUCUGGGAUUUUAGGACCACCUGUUUCUUCGUUUGAUGGAAGUUGUGAAGGUAGCGGUUUUCCAAAUCCAGGCCUACCUGUGGGAAUUAAGCAGGAGCCUGACGAUGGCAGCUAUUACCAAGAAAACAGUAUACCAUCCUCUGCCAUUGUGGGUGUAAAUUCAGGUGGACAAUCGUUUCACUACAGGAUCGGUGCCCAAGGCACGAUAUCUUUGUCGCGGCCGGUUGCUCGAGAGCAGGCGUUUCAGCACUUGAGCUCGUUCCCUCCCGUCAGCACACUAGUGGAGACCUGGAAGUCGCAUUCGGAGUUGGCAUCCAGAAGAAACGAUGGGUAUCCAGUUCUAGAGUACAUUCCAGAAAACGUGUCCAGCUCUUCAUUGAGAAGUGUAUCAAGUGGAUCUUCAAGACCUUCCAAAGUGUGUUUGGUGUGCGGAGAUGAGGCGUCUGGAUGUCAUUAUGGGGUGGUUACAUGUGGCAGCUGUAAAGUUUUCUUCAAGAGAGCAGUAGAAGGACAGCACAAUUACCUGUGUGCGGGAAGGAAUGACUGCAUAAUUGAUAAGAUUCGGAGGAAGAACUGCCCAGCCUGUCGAUUACAGAAAUGUCUGCAAGCUGGAAUGAAUUUAGGAGCCCGGAAGUCCAAAAAGUUGGGGAAAUUGAAAGGGAUGCAUGAGGAGCAGCCACAGCAGCGGCAGCAGCCGCCACCCCAGAGCCCCGAGGAAGGGACGACGUACAUCGCGCCCGUGACUGAGCCCUCUGUAAACACAGCACUUGUCCCCCACAUGUCUGCUAUCUCACCAGCACUUACUCCCUCUCCUGUUAAGAUCCUUGAAAGCAUUGAACCGGAGAUUGUGUAUGCAGGAUACGACAGCUCAAAGCCAGACACAGCAGAGUACCUGCUUUCCACCUUAAACCGCCUGGCCGGCAAGCAGAUGAUUCAGGUGGUGAAGUGGGCAAAGAUACUUCCAGGAUUUAGAAACUUGCCUCUCGAGGACCAAAUUACUUUAAUUCAGUAUUCAUGGAUGUGUCUGUCAUCGUUUGCCUUGAGUUGGAGAUCGUACAAACAUACAAACAGCCAGUUCCUCUAUUUUGCUCCAGACCUGAUCUUCGAUGAGGAACGGAUGCGCCAGUCUGCUAUGUUUGAACUGUGCCAGGGGAUGCACCAGAUCAGUCUGCAGUUUGUUCGCUUGCAGCUUAGCUUUGAGGAGUACACUAUAAUGAAAGUUUUGCUGCUGUUAAGCACAGUUCCCAAGGAUGGUCUCAAAAGCCAAGCUGCAUUUGAAGAAAUGAGGGCAAAUUACAUUAAAGAACUAAAGAAGAUGGUAACUAAGUGUCCAAGUAACUCUGGGCAAAGCUGGCAGAGAUUCUACCAACUGACUAAACUUCUUGACUCCAUGCAUGAUCUUGUUAGUGACUUAUUGGAAUUCUGUUUCUACACCUUCCGAGAGUCUCAGGCACUGAAAGUAGAGUUUCCAGCCAUGCUGGUGGAAAUCAUCAGUGACCAGCUACCAAAGGUGGAAUCUGGGAAUGCCAAGCCCCUGUACUUUCACAGGAAGUGAUAGAAAAUGUCUUAAACGGAAGAACUUUGC